AUGGGCAAUCGGAUCUUGUCUAUCCUCCACGGCCGUCGAUUACAAGGCACCCUCGACCUAAAUCUCCCCGCGGACAUCAAACGUACAGUCCGCCCGCGUUUAAUCGAGCAUGGCCUACAAUGGCUUCGCGCAAACCACCCCAUCGACGAAGACGCCGCUAUUCUAGCUCGUAUUGAGCGUGAAGAGAAGGAAGAGGAAGAACGACUACUCCGAUAUGUUCAGGAGCUAGGUCCCCAAAGCGGGCAUUGGAAUGCGCAACUAGGUGAAGGGGGAGAUAUAUAUGGCCGAAGCACAUUUCAAGAGACGAGGAAAGUGAAUGAGGCGAGGUUACUUGCUGAGGAAAAGAAGAAGAGGAAGGAAUGGUUGGAGGGGGAAAUGAAAGAUCGCGAGAAGAUUGAGAAGCAGAUGAAGGAAAAUACAGAGUUGCAGAAGUAUAAUCCUUCUGCGGUUGUGGAAGCUCGACCACGAGCUGACCCGCAGGAACGGCCGUUCCUCGCAUGGGCUCAGAAGCAUUACAUUCGAGCCGAGAACACAGACUCUGAUUUCAGCACGUUGACAACUGCUCGCCGUAUAUUACCAGCCCUGGGCGUAACCCUUCUCGUCCUAGGACUAUGCUACUACUAUGCAGAAACAUACCAACCACCAGUAUACUAUAAGCGAAUGUGGAAAGAUCUUCCCCCAGCAGCUGCAACGAUCAUGGGCCUCAUGGCCGCAAAUGUGGGUGUAUGGUUAUUAUGGAAGCUACCUCCUGCUUGGCGAAUGUUGAAUCGGUACUUUAUCAGCGUGCCAUUGUACCCUUAUGCAAUGAGUGUCGUGGGUAGUGUCUUCAGUCAUCAGCAGUUUAAACAUUUACUUACCAACACGGUGAUUCUGUGGUUGAUUGGACUGAGACUCCACGACGAAAUCGGCCGCGGCAAUUUUCUAUCACUAUAUCUCUCCUCCGGCGUCAUUGGCUCACUCAUAUCCCUGACAUCCCAUGUCCUCCUCCAAAGGUUGACUGUGACCUCCCUCGGCGCCAGCGGCGCAAUCGCCGGCCUAGUCGCUGCUUGGUGCAUGCUGCACUCCGAUGACAAGCUCGUCCCCAGCUUCCUGCCCCAUGACUGGCGCGAUUCCAUUUCCGCCAACGGCUCCACCGUGCUCGCAGCCAUAGUCGCCUUUGAAGUUUUCAACCUCGUCUCUCCAUUCAAAGUAGUCGGGAAGCUAGAUAACUAUGCUCAUCUAGGCGGCUAUUUCGCGGGUUUCGUGUGGGCGAUUUUGUAUAAAUCGAAGCGCGAGAAGGAGAGGCAAAGGAGGAGAAAUGAGAGGGGGUUUUUGGAUCGGUUUGGUUCUGUAUAG